UACAACCCCAGCUCUUCCGAACAGGGCUAAAAAACUGGGGGGAAGUUUCGCAAAGCCAGGUGGUUGGUUAGCCACGAUCCUCAAACAUCUGGGGGGGGGGGGUGCUUGCUUUAAAUUCAGAUUCCCUGACCCCAAACCUACCACUGUCUGGUUUUGCCGGACCAUGGUGGAGCAUGAAAGUCUGCAUUGUGAACAGGCUUCUCGAUGAUUUUAAGAAUCAGGUCAGCAGAUGGCAUUUGAAGCAUCAUGACGUUAAAAGCACCCCAAUAAUAAGCCUAGACAACUUCUGCAGAGGAAGCGUUUGGGGUAAGAAAAAGACUAUUGACGGUGUACCUGUUAAAAGAACACCAAGUCCAACUGGCAUGGCUCUGUGGGUGAGCUUCAACCUAUGAACCAAUAAAAAAUAUAUUUAAAAAUAAAUCAAAGGACAUCAAUAAGCCUACACUGCAGGUCCUACAAGAAUAGGCCCCUCCCCCCCAGAGGUGCCAUCCUUCGCUUACCUGCAGGGCCGCUUACCCAUCCGGGGUCCCUGGAAACGAGGUACUGCGGUUCCACCCCACUCCGCAUGGGGCGCCAUUCAGCUCCAUUUCGAGGGAAUGGGGCCCCGCUUUUCUUUUCUGCGCUUGCGCGGCCGGGAAGCCUCACUUCCUGCCCGGCGAGCGCACCCUCGGAGCACUUCCGGCGCCAGACGGUCACCAUGAAGUUCAACCCCUUCGUGACCUCGGGCCGCAGCAAAAACCGCAAACGCCACUUCGACGCCCCCUUGCACGUGCGCCGCAAGAUCGUGUCCUCCCCGCUCUCCAAGGAGCUGCGGCCGAAGUACAGCGCCCGCUCCGUGCCCGUCCGCAAGGACGACGAGGUCCAGGGGGUUCGAGGACACUACAAAGGUCAGCAAAUAGGCAAGGUGGUCCAGGUGUACAGAAAGAAAUAUGUCAUCUGUAUCGAGCGGGUGCAGCGUGAGGCUAACGGCACCACUGUCCCCGUGGGCAUUCACCCCAGCAAGGUGGUUAUCACCAGGCUAAAACUGGACAAAGAUCUGAAAAAAAUUCUUGAACGCAAAGCCAAAUCUCGACAAGUUGGAAAAGAGAAAGGCAAAUAUAAGGAAGAACUUACUGAGAAAAUGCAGGAAUAAAUGUAACCUGUUGUGCAGCCACGGUUUAGCUGUAGGUUUUUAGCCUGGUGUGUGUUCCUUUAAAGUUGUUCAAGAUGUCUCUGGAAUAUUUUGUUUCCUUCCUGGUUUGUUACUGAUAUGUGGCUCUGUAUGUCUAUUGUUGCUGUUUGGGUUAAUUUUAGGAAUAAAAAUUGGAAAUAUUUCUUAAUUCAA